AUUCAUCCAUCCGCUCGUGAACCUAUUCCUUUUGUAGAAAAUUUCCCUCCUUUUUUCUAACCGCUUAUUCCGCCGUCGAGAAAGCUCCGAUCCGAUCCGCUGCUAGGGUUACGAUCUCGGAGCAGGAAGACGGUGUAAUGACUGAUGGAUUUUAAAGGUGGGGAAAAGAAGUGUAGCAGUAGUAAAUCCUCCUUGGUCUACGAGGCACCCCUUGGUUACACUGUAGAGGACGUUCGACCAAACGGAGGAAUCAAGAAAUUCAGAUCUGCUGCCUACUCCAACUGCGCACGCAAACCAUCCUGAGGCCCCCCUGUACUGUGCUUUUUCAUAACCACAAUCAGUGGUUAAAUUAUAGUUAGUUAAAACAUAUCAUCUGCUCUCUCAUACUUUCCUUCUUCACUCGCUCUCUCUUUUAAACUCAAGAUGGCCUUGUCAACCUCUGCAAUUGGAUUUGAAGGCUACGAAAAGAGGCUUGAAAUCUCAUUCUUUGAGGUUGGGAUAUUUUCUGACCCUCAAGGCCGGGGCCUCCGAGCCCUUUCUAAGGAGCAAUUGGACAAAGUUCUGAACCAGGCUCAGUGCACUAUUGUCUCAUCAUUAUCGAAUUAUGAAGUUGAUUCCUAUGUUCUUUCUGAAUCCAGCCUCUUUGUGUACCCAUACAAGAUUAUCAUUAAAACUUGUGGCACUACAAAGCUGCUACUUUCUAUUCCUCCCAUCCUAGAGUUGGGCGAUGGGCUCGGCCUCGAUGUGAAAUCGGUGAAAUACACUCGUGGGAGUUUUAUCUUUCCUGAGGUUCAGCCAUACCCACACCGUAAUUUCUCUGAAGAAGUUGCCAUUCUUGAUGGUUACUUUGGUAAACUCGGUACAACGGGUAGCAAAGCCUAUGUGAUGGGUGGUGGUGAUGGAAAACAGCAGCAAUGGCAUGUUUACUCUGCAUCUGCUGAAUCUGCAGAAAACAUGUUUCCCAUUUAUACCUUGGAGAUGUGCAUGACUGGGUUGGACAAGAAGAGUGCAUCUGUGUUUUUCAAGACAGAAUCUAGUUCGGCUGCUGUGAUUACUGAUGCUUCUGGGAUUAGAAACAUUCUUCCCGGAUCGGAGAUAUGUGAUUUUGAUUUCGAACCGUGUGGGUACUCGAUGAAUGGUGUUGAGGGAGGCAAAAUCUCUACAAUUCAUGUGACCCCAGAAGAUGGGUUCAGCUAUGCAAGUUUUGAAGCCAUGGGUUAUGAUUUCAAAGAUGUGAAGCUGGAUGCCCUUAUCCAGAGAGUGUUGGCCUGCUUCCAACCUGCUGAAUUCUCUGUUGCUUUGCACUGUGACUGUGACUGUGGUGACUCCAUUGAUUCUGUGUUGAAUGUUGAUGUGGAAGGAUAUGGGUGUGGAGAAAGGAGCUAUGAAGGCCUUGGCAAGGGAGGGUCAAUUAUGUACUGUGGCUUCACUAGUACUGCUACUUGUGGGUCUCCCAGAUCAACCCUGCUCUGCUGUUGGAGUGAAAAUGAGGACGAGGAAGGAGAGAAGAAACACUUCUAAUCAGAUGAUCAUCUACUUUUUCUUCUCUAUUACUAUUUUUUUUUUCAUAAUAUAUUUAGUAUAUGAUUAA